AAUAGAAUCAUUUGAUUAAAGUUGUUCGAAUAAGACACUUGUUGAAUGUGAGAUUCUUUUUUUUGUGUUAUUAUAAAAUUUGAAUUGUGUGUCACCAAAUAAUAUUUGAUCAUAAAAUGUCAAUGAAAAAAGCGAUUGGUAUUGAUCUUGGUACCACUUAUUCAUGUGUCGGUGUAUUUCAAUAUGGUAAAGUAGAAAUUAUUGCCAAUGAACAGGGAAAUCGUACUACACCAAGUUAUGUUGCAUUUACCGAUAAUGAACGUUUGAUUGGUGAUGCGGCUAAAAAUCAAGUUGCUAUGAAUCCAGCCAAUACGGUUUUUGAUGCAAAACGUUUGAUUGGACGACGUUAUGAUGAUCAAUCAGUACAAUCGGAUAUGAAACAUUGGCCAUUUAAAGUGGUGAAUGAAAAAGGAAAACCAAAAAUUCAAGUUGAAUAUAAAGGUGAAAUGAAAUGUUUUUCUCCCGAAGAAAUAUCUUCAAUGGUAUUGACAAAAAUGAAAGAAGUUGCUGAAGCUUAUCUUGGUACAACGGUAAAAGAUGCAGUCAUAACAGUUCCAGCUUAUUUUAAUGAUUCACAACGACAAGCAACAAAAGAUGCUGGAACUAUUGCCGGUUUGAAUGUAUUACGUAUUAUAAAUGAACCAACAGCAGCUGCUAUUGCAUAUGGAUUAGAUAAAAAGAAAACUGAUAAACGUGAACGUAAUGUAUUGAUUUUUGAUCUUGGUGGUGGAACAUUUGAUGUUUCUAUUCUUGUUAUUGAUGGUGGUAUAUUUGAGGUAAAAUCAACAGCUGGUGAUACUCAUUUAGGUGGUGAAGAUUUUGAUAGUCGUUUGGUUAAUCAUUUUGUUGAAGAAUUUCGACGAAAAAAUCAUAAAGAUUUAAGUAAAAAUAAACGUUCACUUCGACGUUUACGUACGGCAUGUGAACGUGCAAAACGUACAUUAUCAAGUUCAACACAAACUACAAUUGAAAUUGAUUCAUUAUUUGAUGGACAGGAUUUUUAUUCCAAUAUAACACGAGCACGUUUUGAAGAACUUUGUCAUGAUUUAUUUCGAUCAACAUUAGGACCGGUGGAAAAAGCAUUGAAUGAUGCUAAAUUGGAUAAACAUCAGAUUGAUGAAAUUGUUUUGGUUGGUGGUUCAACACGAAUUCCAAAAAUACAGAAAUUAUUAUCGGAUUUUUUCAGUGGUAAAGAAUUGAACAAAUCAAUUAAUCCGGAUGAAGCAGUUGCUUAUGGUGCAGCAGUACAAGCAGCCAUUCUUAUUGGUGAUAAAUCUGAAAUGGUAAAAGAUCUGCUUCUUUUAGAUGUAACACCAUUAUCGUUAGGUAUUGAAACGGCCGGUGGUGUAAUGUCGAUUCUAAUCAAACGUAAUACAACAAUUCCGGCUAAACAACAACAAACAUUUACAACUUAUUCGGAUAAUCAAUCAGGUGUUACUGUACAGGUAUAUGAAGGUGAACGUGCAAUGACAAAAGAUAAUAAUCUAUUAGGACGUUUUGAUUUGAAUGGUAUAUUACCGGCACCACGUGGUGUACCACAGAUUGAAGUUCAAUUCGAUAUUGAUGCAAAUGGUAUUCUACAUGUAUCGGCACAGGAUAAAAGUACAGGAAAACGUAACAAAAUUAUCAUUACUAAUGAUAAAGGAAGAUUAUCAAAAAAAGAAAUUGAAAAAAUGAUUGAAGAUGCUGAACGUUUUAAAGAUGAUGAUGAUCAACAACGUGAACGUAUUGUAUCGAAAAAUAAAUUAGAAUCAUAUGCUUAUCAAUUAAAAAAUAUGAUUGAAGAUGAUAGUGAAAUACGAACAAAAAUUUCACAAUCAGAUAGAAAUAAAAUAAUGGAAAAAGUAAACAAUACUAUUUCAUGGUUAGAUUCAAAUCAAAUGGCCAAUAAAGAAGAAUUUGAAUAUCGUUAUAAAGAAUUGGAAAAUGUUUGUCGACCAAUCAUAACGAAUAUGUAUCGUACAAAUGGUGGUGAUCGAAACAAUAAUACUAAUGAUGAUGGACCAAAAAUUGAAGAAGUUGAUUAAGAAGGAAGAAAGAAAAAUUUAUUUUGAAGAUGAAGUAAGAAAAAAAACCGAAAACAUGACACUCAAAUGAUAAUAAUAAGUAGAUA